UAGAUAUAGAUGUUCUGUUUUUCAUAGCUGCUCGUUGUGCCACCCGACACCCCCCACCUUCAUCUCGACGCUGCCAUUUCACCGUCUGUUUACCCAUAACCAAUCAAUGCGUGUCGUCAUCUGGGGGGGAGACCAUCAUGACGACUGGCCUAUUAAGAAUGACAACUCUGGAGGAAGAGAGAGAGAGGGUAAAUGGUGAUCCCUCCCAGAGCUCCCUCUGCGCACUCUGGAGCGCUCUUCUCUCAGGGUCAGACCGGAUUGCAUCCCCUCUUUUCAAGAAGCCUCUCCUUCUCCUUGGGACUCAACCCCCCCACCCACCUCCACCACUACACAUACACACCCCUCCAACCUGAAAACCAUCGCCUUGGUUCUGACGGCUUGCACUCUCCCGCGAAGUCGAGGUUUUUAAGUCGUGCUUGUGAUGGAAAGCAGAGAGGAGAUGGUGAUGCUGGCGGAGGGAGGUCAGCGUGGCAAGAGCGGCUCUAAUUUGUCGGGAGCCAUCGGGAGCCCCGUGCGAGAACCGCAGGGAAAGCCUGGUCACAGGAGCUGUCUGAGCCCCGGCGCUGCGCCCUACUCCCGGGACAGAACGGAGGUGGUGAUGGAGGAGAGCGCACGGAGGAAUAUGUGCGCCGAUAUGAGGCCAGUUGGCACGUCUUCCUCCGGAGAGAGGCACCGGACUGAUCAUCUCCACAAAGACGGCAGCAGCUCAGACACCGAGUCGGACUUCUACGAGGAAAUUGAUGUCAGCUGCACGCCUGAAAGCAUGGAUUACCCAACAGCUAAAGGUCGAAAUGGGGAAUCUCCGGGUCACCCGAGUGAGACCGGUGCAGACCCGGGUAACAUUGUCCCGGGUCAGGGCUCUCUGUCCUAUUCAGCGGAUCAGAUUCGCCGGUACCGGACAGCGUUCACUCGGGAGCAGAUCGCACGGCUGGAGAAGGAAUUUUACCGGGAGAACUACGUGUCCAGGCCGCGGAGAUGCGAACUGGCGGCCGCCUUAAAUCUACCUGAAACCACAAUCAAGGUGUGGUUUCAGAACCGCAGGAUGAAAGACAAGCGACAGCGUCUGGCCAUGACGUGGCCUCACCCCGCAGACCCGGCCUUCUACACCUACAUGAUGAGCCACGCAGCGGCCACGGGGAACCUGCCCUACCCCUUCCCAUCCCACCUGCCGCUGCCUUACUACUCCCACCUGGGUGUCGGAGCUGGCGCGGCUCCGGCCGCCACCCCUUUCUCCAAUCCCCUGCGAUCCCUCGACAGUUUCCGGAUGCUGUCUCAUCCCUACCAGAGGCCGGAGCUUCUGUGUGCCUUCAGACACCCCUCCCUGUACCCGGGUCCGACCCACGGCCUCGGUCCCGGAGGAAGCCCCUGCUCCUGUCUGGCCUGUCACUCCAGUCAGUCCAACGGUAUCUCAACCAGGCCCUCCGGAUCGGACUUCGCUUGCUCCCCAACUAGCAGGACUGACGCUUUUGUCACUUUCACGCCUUCAGUGCUCAGCAAAUCCUCAUCUGUGACAUUAGACCAGAGGGAAGAAGUGCCUCUGACCAGAUAAAACCAAACAAACCAACUCUUGUCCUAUAUAAGCCUUUACCGUAAGCUUUUUAACCUAACAUAUUACAUGAUCAGGACUGAAACAGCAUGAAGAGGUAGCCUGUAAGCAGUGAAAACCAGCUUAAACUUGGGGCAAGAUAAUUAGCCAGAUCUUCAGCUAUGUGACGCACAACGGAUCUCCCAUUACUGAAAAAUAAUACUCCCGUUGCAGACAGUGGGCUGAAAUAUGACGGCAUGGACACAAAACCAGAUUUGAUUUUUAGAAGAUUCAUUUGAUGGGGAGGAUGCAGAGAAACGUUUAAAUCUCCGUGAUGGAUGGCGUUAAGGUUUUUAUCAUUACUUGUAUCUUCACGCGACCAAAUCGACCUACAUAGGCUAUUGUUAGUUACGCGAGAAUGAUGCUUUCCAUCUCUCUUUUUAACAAGGGGAUUUGUUAACAGACUGCGGCCGUCUCAUUAUAGAGCAGCUCUCCACACCGGAGCCCUCCACGGCGGACCGGGCCGAAAUGUGCAGAUGCUACUAAAAUUAGGAAGUGAUGUAUAUGUACGACCCGGUGAAUUUUGAGUGUUGAAUUAAUGAUAAUACCAGGAAGGGAUCGUUACUGCCAAAAGGUAACAAGGCACCAGGGGAACGGAUUACUACAGCCCGCACGGUUUGACGAGGGGGGAAGAGAAGAAGGACCCAGAAGAGGAUGGAGAGAGACAGAGGGAGGACAAUCAAAAUGGGGAAAAAAAUAAAAGAACAUUUAUAAAAAGGCCAGCAAACACUUUUCUCCCUUAACAAUACGAGAGCCAGUUCUUAUGAUGAAAAUGUGAUUAAUAUAUACCUAGGACUCUUAAAAUAUUUUUCUGGCUUUGCACUUCUACAAUGGCACCAGUUUAGUGGCAUUUUGGGGCGAAAGCGGACUAACAAGUGACUGAUUAUGUUUUUUUGUCUUUUUGGUUGUUUUUUUUAAUUUGUUUUGUUUUUUGGCUGGGUUGUCCUCAACGUCUAAAUUUGCAAUAAACACUGUCAAAAAAAAAAUCAAUGGAGCAAUGAAGUGUUUGUCUUCUCAACACCUUUAUGGUUUAUUUAAAUAGCCAAGAGCCCGAAUGCAGAACUAGGCAAGUGAGAAUUCUUCAAUCUACAUAAAUGUUACUUUAAUCCAUGCCAACAGAAUAAAAUCAGAUUCAAAUAAGCUUUCUUCCCUUCAGGUCAUUUUAUUUCGUUUGUAGGCUGUUAAGGAUUUUCUAUGCUCACAAUUGGUCUAACACCCCC